AUGCACGUGGAGGGUCUGAAGGUGCUCCCGCGGGACGCUGUGGACUGGGACUCGCAGCGCUGUCGGAUGGGUCCGGCUCUGAUGUCCGGGUUAGGCCUGAAGCUGGGCGCUCCGGUUCUGAUCCGGGUUCAGCGGGGGGUCUGUCUGUGCACCGCAUGGCCACGGCGGGACCUCGCAGAGGGAUUCCUGCAGAUCAGCACCCAGUGUGCGACACCGGACCUCAGCGCACAAACACUCACCGGACUCACGGUUAAACCGGCGCACAUCACACCCCUGACCUGCCCCAGACUCUCCAGCGUGAGCGUGAAGGUGUUUGUGCAGAGACUAGAACACAAGCGGAAGGUCUCCGAGCCGAGCGUUCACAAGCUGCUGGAGGGUCUGUAUGUGCACCAGGGAUAUUUGGUGGACCUGUCCGGUGCGGAAACGGAGAUCAGGUGUGUGCUGGUUGAGAAGGUGAACUCGGGCUCGCAGAAAGCUGGUUUGAUUACAGCAAGAACUCAUGUGGAGGUCAGUCUUGCUCAGACUGUUAAACACUUAGAGAGGCGUCAGGAGGUCUCGGCGGCGUCUCCGGGCGGCCUAGAGGAGGUUUACACCUCGCUGAAAGAAAUGAUCACGUUUCCUCUGCGUUACCCAGAGACUCUGCGUCAGCUGGGAGUGUCGUGCCCAAGAGGACUGCUCCUGAUCGGGCCGCCCGGCGUCGGGAAGACCCUGCUGGUGCUCUGCGUGGCGAGGGACAUCGGGGCCACGCUAGUGACUGUAAACGGGCCGGAAGUCACAGGUUCUCGACCCGGAGAGAGCGAGGAGAACCUGCGGCGCGUGUUUGAUCAGGCGCGGGAGGCGGCGGAGGAGGGUCCGUGCGUUCUGCUGAUCGAUGAGAUCGAUUCUCUGUGCCCGAGGCGGACGGAGAGCAGCGGCGCUCCAGAGAACCGGCUCGUCGCUCAGCUGCUGACGCUGAUGGACGGCAUCGGCAAUCACGAGGGCUUCGUCAUCAUCGGAGCCACGAACCAACCGGACGCUCUGGACCCAGCGCUCAGGAGACCCGGGAGGUUCGACAGAGAGCUCAGUUCAGAUUACGCGCUCAGUAGAGAAGCAGCGCUGCAGGCCAUGCGACAGUCGCAGGCGGGAGCGAGUGAGCCGGUGUCGAUGCAGCACUUCAUGCAGGCGCUGCGGAUCGUGCAGCCGUCGUGUUUGAGGAGCAGUAUAGGAGCCACUGACUUCAAACCCGUCAGCUGGGAGCAGAUCGGAGGACUAGACGAUGUCAAACUCAAACUCAAACAGAGUAUCGAGUGGCCCAUGAGGUUUCCAGAGGCGUUCGUGCGGUUGGGUGUUUCUCGGCCCCGAGGAGUGCUGCUGUACGGGCCACCCGGCUGCGCUAAGACCACGCUGGUGAAAGCAGCAGCAUCUUCAUCACACUGCACCUUCCUCUCCCUCAGCGGGGCCGAGCUCUUCUCUCCGUAUGUGGGAGACUCUGAGAAAACACUGGCGCAGUUGUUCGCUCAAGCUCGUUCGUGCGCUCCCUCCCUCGUGUUCCUGGAUGAGAUCGACAGCAUGGUGGGCUCUCGAGCGGACGGUUCCUCUCACAGCGUGCAGUCGCAGGUUCUGUCGGUUCUGCUGACCGAGCUGGACGGAGUGGGAAUCCGGAGUGUGGAGAGACGCAGCACCGGGAGAAAGAUGGCUCAGCUAGAAGGAGGAGAGCAGGAGGACACCAGACUACAGCAGAUGGAACUCCAGGAAGUGUGUAAUAAGGAUGUUUUGAUCGUGGCUGCCACUAAUAGACCAGAGGUUCUGGACAGUGCUCUGCUCAGACCCGGCCGACUCGACCAGAUCAUAUACGUUCCACCUCCAGAUCUUGAGGUGAGCAGACGGUCCUAACAUCAGA